AUGGAGCUUUUGAACCCCUGGAACAAGAAGGGCACCCCUGACCUGACCCCCGUGUCGUGGCUGAACACCACCCUGGCAGACCCCCUUCACAUGAAACAGGUGCCCGAUAAGAAGUUCUACUUUGCAAUGGACUUCAACAAGGUAGACAACUACGUUUUCAAUCACGAAGAGUUAUACCCCUUGGCUGCCGUCAACCGGAACAAGAGACUAUAUUUGCCACAGAUGAACCACAUCACCAACAUUGCACCUCCGUCACCCCCGUUGUCUCCGUAUGAUGAUAUUCCCAAGGACAUGUUCUGCGGCCCCCACAACACCAGGAACUGCACGCAUCAAUACUGUGAGUGUAUCCACGUCAUCAAGGUCGACCUGGACGACACCGUGGAGAUGGUGCUCAUUGAUGAGGGCGUCACCUUCAACGCCAACCACCCGAUACAUCUGCAUGGCCAUCACUUCCGGGUAGUUGCGAUGGACAGGGUCAACCAAUCAACCUCUUUAGAAGAGAUAAAAAUGAUGGAUGAAGCUGGUCUGAUAGAGAGGAAUCUAGAAACACCCAUAGCUAAAGAUACUGUCACGGUUGCUGAUGGGGGUUACACAAUCAUCAGGUUUCAUGCUGAUAACCCGGGUUUCUGGCUGAUGCACUGCCACAUUGACUUCCAUCAGUCAAUCGGGAUGGGCCUCAUCGUGCAGGUUGGGGAGUUGAACCAGAUGCCCCGACCCCCCAAACACUUCCCCAAGUGUGGGAACUGGCAGUACAAAGAGGAGGUCGAUUUGGAGGAGAAGCCCCGGUGCCCCGUCAAUGGAGCAGGACGCAACCACAGAGAGUCCUGGCUGUUGAUGUAUGCUGCCAUUUUAAGCAUCUUGUGCAUCAAAUCCAUGUGAAAUGAACGAUAUUCAUAUAAUUACACUCAACGGGGCGUCGUGUCGUGCAUAGACAUUGGUGCAUGUCUUUUUGGAGAAGAUCAAAAUUUUAUUGACACCAACAUUUUUUGUUUGCUACAUUACUAAAGAUGUUCAGCUAUGUGAUCAUGUGGACAAAGUAUUGAUGGUUGAAUCCGAGCACUCGAUGUAAGAGGAAAGAGAUUUUAAAUCCAGUGCUCGAUGUGCAGCAGAUCAUAUCAAAAAGGUUGUCUUAGAAUCGUGAUAGGUUACGAGAAAGUCUUGUUUUGAUCAUACACUGAACACAUAAAUACAUAAAGGAAUGAGAGUCACAAUGUACCUCUUCACAUCGGCAAUACAUCAUCAAUAUAGCGUCUUUAUAUCACAAAUAUAUAUUUCUAAUAAAAUAUUUCAUAUCACUA